CAUGGCCGGGGGGGGGCGGGGGGUAUCGGGCUGGACCGGCACCGGCGCCAGCACCUGAGGCGGGAUCGGCACCGGCACCGAUGCACGGCGCAGAGGAGGCAGUGGCGGCGGAGGCCCCGCGGGUCAGCGCGGCGAGCACGCAGACUGACAGCAUGGCCGGUCAAAUGCCAAGGCUUUCUAAGGUAAAUCUUUUUACUCUGUUCAGUCUCUGGAUGGAGCUCUUUCCCUCAGCUGAGCAACAGAAAAAAUCCCAGGUAAAGAAGAGUGGUCUAGUUGUGGUGAAAAAUAUGAAGAUUGUUGGUCUUCACUGUUCCAGUACAGACUUGCAUGCUGGCCAGAUUGCACUCAUCAAACAUGGAUCAAGACUGAAAAACUGUGAUCUUUAUUUUUCCAGAAAACCAUGUUCAACUUGUUUAAAAAUGAUUGUAAAUGCUGGGGUGAACAGGAUUUCUUACUGGCCUGCAGAUCCUGAAAUGAGCUUGCAGAACGAGGCAUCCAGUCCCAUGACUACUGAUGAUGCAAAGCUAGAUGCCAAAGCAGUGGAAAGACUGAAGUCAAAUAGCCGUGCUCGAGUGUGUGUGUUGCUUCAGCCCUUGGUGUGCUACAUGGUGCAGUUUGUUGAAGAAACCUCCGCCAAGUUUGAUUUUAUUCAAAAAAUAGCAAAAUCUCAGCCUGACUCAAAUACUGACUUUUAUACUGUGUGCAGACAAGACAGAAUAAAAGAGUACGAAAGCUUAUUCCUAAUCUCAAAUGAGGAAACGCACAAGCAAAUAUUGAUGACAAUGGGACUGGAGAACCUCUGUGAAAAUCCCUACUUCAGCAACCUGAGGCAAAACAUGAAAGAUCUUGUCUUGGUCUUGGCAACAGUGGCUGCCAGCGUCCCUGCCUUUGGAUGCUUUGGGUUUUACAACAGUGAAUCAUGGCGAGCCAAUGAGACAGAGCAGUGGGGGCUGCCCCAAGAAAUUGCAAGGCACUGUAUGAUUCAAGCCAGACUGCUUGCCUAUAGAACAGAGGAUCAUAAAACGGGAGUUGGAGCUAUCAUUUGGGCAGAAGAAAAAUCUAGAAGCUGUGAUGGGACAGGAGCAAUGUAUUUUGUAGGCUGCGGUUACAAUGCCUUCCCUGUUGGAUCUGAAUAUGCUGAUUUUCCACACAUGGAUGAUAAACAAAAAGAUCGGGAAAUCAGAAAGUUCCGGUACAUUAUACAUGCGGAGCAGAACGCCUUGACCUUCAGGUGUCGAGAAAUAAAGCCAGAUGAAAGAAGCAUGAUAUUUGUGACAAAAUGUCCAUGUGAUGAAUGUGUCCCUUUAAUCAAAGGGGCUGGUAUCAAGCAGAUCUAUGCAGGAGAUGUUGAUGCUGGAAAAAAGAAAGCAGACAUAUCCUACAUGAAGUUUGGUGAACUUGAGGGUGUAAGCAAAUUUACAUGGCAAGUAAAUCCAUUGCACACUAAUUCCCUUGAGUUCCAUGAUUCCACAGCCAGGGAAAAUGGGGUCCAGAAAACCAAAUCACUAGAUGACCAGCAGCACCAAAACAAGAAACUGUGUCUUGGUCACUAUUGAGUAAUUAAGCACUUCUGCAGUCUUGCUCUGUACUUUUUAUAAUGCAGCCUGUUUGCACUUUCAAAUAAGGGAGAGUUUUAUUUAUUAUUUGGAAAGUGAUUUUUAGCAUAAGUUUAUUUAUGAUGUCUUAAAUGUUUUACAGAAUUACCUGAAGGUCUUUUUAAUUUAGAAGUUCCUGGGGGGGGAAAUGCUGCUUCUAUUUUCUGUGAGAGUAACUGGAUGGCUAAUCACUGUCAGCACAUGACAAAAAAGUACCAAAAGUUUAUUGCUGUUAGAUCAGAGUAAUAACAAAAUGGUACCCUUUUGAUUGGUGUAUGGAUUGAGGGAGUGGAUUUCUAAGUUCUGGGCUAGCAGAAUGUAGAAACAGCCCUAGUUCUUAAAGUACAGUCAUCAAGGGAACUUCUAGGAAAUGGUAGAUAAGUAAUCCUGUUCCUGAAAGUGGCUUUUGCUUCUCAGUCUGCUUGAAUAAGAAGACAAAGCCACUGGGAUGGCAGUCAUUGCUAGGUAGGUGAUUUGGAGCUCAAGCUUGUCUCUCACACAUAACUUGUUCCAACUACCACAGCAGCAGAGCUGUUCUGUUUUCUGGCACUUGCACUGCUGCUCCUGUGUGCUUCCUCAAGAGCAGCCCGACUGAAUUCAUGCAGACAAAGACUGGCUUUGGUUUUUAGUUUUGGUUUUAAAUAAUUCAUCUCUGUGCAUCUAAUUGGCCCCUACAUAUUGUGUGAAGAUAGCUAGUGUUCAGCUUUUGCAAAUCUUCACUAACAGGCUUCUAGGAUAACAGAAGCUAAUAAAGUACCAGAGGUCCUGUUGUUUCUUAGAAAGGAUGGAGCUGGUGGCAUAGUCUGAAUCUUUUCAGGUGCCAGUCUCUUGGAUGACCACAUAUGGAGCAAAAGUGACAGUAAAACAGCCAGUGGAACUGCAGUCUAAUGUUGUUGCUAGUUUUGAGGGAGUGCUGGGUAGGCAGUGGGUAACCAGAACAGAGAGUUGUACCCAGCAUCUUCUGAGAGGUCACUCUCCUUACUCCCAGCUGUUCUGCUUUGAACAGGACCUCUGGUCGUUCCUUUUAGCAGAUGUUCCAGAAGGUUUCUUGUUCACUCCUCUGCUGAGCUCUCAAGUACAAGCACUUUAAAGCCUUUUCUGCUGCUGCUAGUGGGAUAUGUGAAUAACCUUUCCACAGUUCUUUCAUGCAUCUUGUCUUUGCUGCCCUCCUUAAAGUCCUGGAAGGGAAAUAGAGUCUUAAGAUGCUGCUGUAGGUUCUGUUGGUUUCUUUUAGGCUUUGGAAGAGGUUGGAACUAGAUAGCAGAACUGGGAUUGGAUAGUGUGCAAAGCAUCCUCAGUGUGGCAUUAAUCAUAUGGGACCUUUUCUCACCCAGUUUGGCUGCUGGUCCUGUAACUUACGGUGCAGUUCUUGAUGCUUGGAUCACAAUAAGGAGCUGUGAUUCCUCCCUCAUGGCUCAUAUUGUGAAUGUCUUUCUUGAAUAGCUGGACUUCAGAACUGGGGAAUGCUUAUAUGCUCUUCCCACCAUGAGAACACCCUCACUGGAGCUAGAGAAGCUGCUGUUUCUCUGAGCCUUUUUUGACUGAAGGCUCAGAGGGCUGAGGGCUGCCCUCUGAGGCAGGGCUAGGGGGCUAGGGCUGCUUGGUGAGUGCAGUGCACAUGGGGUUAGCAGCACCAGUCUCAUCUGAUUUGCACUGCUGCUGUCUUGUGAAGCUGCGUGCACACAGCUUCAUUUCCCAGAACCAGGUGGUGAAUGAAGGAGAAAAAUCUGAGACUGUUUGUCAACCAAAGGAAGGAUGGCAGAAUCCAUUUUUGCAUCACACCACAGAAGAGUGCAUUUUUACAGUAGCUCAUGAGGAAAUUGAUGAACUGCCACUUCACCAGGUCUUGUAAUCCAGCGUGGAGGAACCCAGGUCCUGAAUUUAGGACCAGCAGAUCCAGCUGCAAGAGCUUUAUGCCUUACCUGUCAGAUUCAGAGUCCAGAGCCUGGGGAUUAAAUUACUGGUUUGUAUGCUCUACAAACUUGUGACAGUUUUUUCUACUCAUCAAGGAUUAUAUAAUUCCAUUGUUUGUAACUUCCAUUUGAUGUUAAAGUCAAAUAUUGGUGUUUCAUCAGCAAGAUUGUAAUCUGUUUUAAAAUCAUAAAUAUUUGACUUUGGUGUAUUCACACACACACUUCUUAAAAAGUGGUUUUAAAUAAGUGCCCUGGGUUUUUUUCUGUGGAUCAGAAGAACACUGUCCAGAUCUGAGUAAAAAGCCCACCCAGUUCCACCCACUGGAACCUUGUUUCCAUAAUCCCCUGGCAAUGCUCUUCUACUUAAGGUAGAAGCAGGGACAAAAAAAUGGGGAGGACUACGGCCCCUUCAAGAUUUAUACUGAUCAGUCAGGUGAUAUCAAAAUCAGUAAAGAAGUCAGUGUCUUUAUAGGGAGAGUUGAAAUUGAAAAGUCUCUGAAAUACCAUAGGUGGCCUGAGUGCAUGGAGAACUUAGUCAAGGAUCACACACGUUUAAUAACUGCACUCCAGUGAAUGCUGCUGGUAACCUGUACUUCAUGAGAAGAUUUACCCCUACUAUUUAUCAUAUUUUAAAAAGAGCAUUUUUAAACAAAACUUUGUGAAAAUUGAAACUGUAAGGCUGGAGGGUUCGAAGUCUGGCUGUAUCUCUGUCUUGCCAUAUUUCUCCUGGUUCCUCCAGAAGCUCACAGAUUUCUGUAGUCUCUGAUUAUCAAUAUAACCCUACUUCUUUAAUUCUUACUGGUAUUACAAAGUAGGGUCUUCAGACUCGACAAAAGGACCAAUGUGAAUGGGGUUUUAUUUUCAACCCAUGGAUUCUAUGCGUGCUGCUGUGCAUGUCAUCUGCUUACCAAGAAGACCUGUGAAAGACUGGACAUCUCCUGCAGUGCUUAUUUUGCAAAUGAACUCUAGUAUGUUUGUUUCUUACCUAAAAAGAAAAUGUAUUUAAAAUGAAGAAAUGUAAAGGUUAUAUAUUUUAUAUAUUUGAUGAAAUUUCCGUAUGCAUUUUGGGUCUCUCCCAUUCAUUUCAGAGCAGUCAAUUUAGUUGCAGGUAUUAGCUAUCAGUAACAAGUUGGCCUCUUGACUGAGAAUUAUAGGAAUUCUCUGUUAGUUGUCUGCCUUACAGCAAAACAUCUUUUCUGCUAAUAAAUUAAUCUGA